ACGUCAGGUCAUUUGUGAAAGUGAAGCCUCCCCUUUUUGGUCCCUACUUGGAUACCCUGUCUACAACGUCUACACGUCUGGAAGUGUGGUGUGAAUCUCACUGUGCAUGUGGCAUGAUUUUUUGGUACUCUCGGGAAACAUAGGGCCUCGGUGCGAUCUAGAGUUUCCCGUUGCAGUUGUUAGCCUCUGUCAGACAAUAUGGCCCAGUCGUGACAAACUUUCGGCGAGUAGCUUGUUAUGCCGUUGAACUUGCCCCUCAGUUCCGUCAACGGUUUUGCAUUCAGACAAGAUGAGUUUCAAUUUUGAGGACAAUUUCUGGGAGACCGAAUUUACCGGAGUUCAGGGUUUCGAGAUUCUCCUGAAAAGGCUCAAAGAUGGCAAGAAAAUGUCACAAGACUUGGAGGACUUCAUAAAAGCAAGGGCAAAAAUUGAGGAGACAUAUGCAAAGGACAUGCAGAGACUGGCAAGGAACGCUCAUGGAGAAACUGAGCUGGGAACUCUAAGAACGUCAUGGGACAGCUUGAAAUAUGAAACGGAGUCCUGCAGCAGGGAGCACUUUGCAGUCUCACAGAGGAUGUCGUCAGAGCUCGAGAAAGCAGUCAAGGACUUCAAGGAGAAGCAGCGUGAUGCGAGGAAAAAGAUUGAAGAUUUAGUGAAGAAGGCACAAGGAACUAAGAAGACGUCUUAUCUUAAUGAGAACAAGGCUAAACAAGACUACUACUCCAAGUGUAGAGCAGCGGACAAGGCCGAAGAAACGGUUUCCAAAAGCAGCCACUUGCCCGCGAAGAAACUGGACGAACUGAAAAGUAAAGCGAAACGAGCCCGAGCAGCGGCAGAAACGGCCGAUGCUGUCUACUUGGAGGCCGUGCGGACCUUGGAGGAGAACCGUGAUUUAUGGGAGAAGGACAUGGAAGUUGGCUGCAAGCAACUGCAAGACAUUGAGCAGGACAGGAUCAUCUUUCUACGUGGAAUAAUGUGGAAGUACUCCAACGUCUGUUCGUCCAUGGCUGUUCAGGAGGAUGAGAUGUACGAGACGGUGCGGGUAUCACUCGAGAAAUGCGACGAGGAACUGGACAUUCGCACGUUUGUCAAGCAAAAGGGGACAGGGGGUGAACGACCAUUGCCCGUUGAAUACGAGAAUUUUUACGACAGGUCAGCUGGACCCAGUGUCAGUGGACGCCACCCUGCUGCCUCUCAGACUAACUCACGACCCGCUGCUGCUGUUGCCUCCACUGCCACUACGCCUGGUGCUACAAACAGUCCCGUACCAUCCAAGCAUCGACUCGCUACGCUCCGUCCAGCUGAUAGUGGCGCUGAUAGUGCGGAUUAUAUGUUAGUCAAGUGAAACGUCGCUGGUCGGCUGAGGGUCCAUCCCCCUCCCCCCUUUUUAAAUCUUACCAGAGGCGACUUUGCAACCGGAAGGAACGUUGAAGCGUGCCUCGUACUCAACCAUGAACUGGUCAAUUUCACUCAAACAAGCCCGGCGUGGCGAAUGCAUCUAUAUCGCGGAGCACUAACAGCUGCUGCUCUACUGACUGCUAUCCUGGAGUUGAGAGUCGUUUUCAGUACUUUAUUUCUUCUUUUUUUUGCAUUUCGUCCAACUGGACGCUGACAAUGGCCGCUGUCCAGUCUCACUAUGUUUAGCAUUUCAAGCAUGAGCUUCCACUUCUGCACUGUGUAUAGCCUGCGAGUCCCAUUUUAUUUUCCUACGGGUAUACGGGUAUAUGGGUAUAUUAUAGCACAGGUACUUCUAGUCACCAAUCAUAGUUCAUGAAAUCCUGUUCCUCAACAUUUUUUUGAUUUUUGAGCAUAUUCUUAUCUAUUUUCUGGAAAGAUGCCACACACCUCCUUGCGCUAUCCAUGGAGAAAGUCCCCAUUAUUGUUUUGACCACAUGACAUGUUGCAAAUGGGGACGGCGCUGAACUAACGGAUUAGCGUAGUGAUGUCUCAUUUCUAGCGUGCUAGUUGUGCUUGCUUCAUUGAGGCCGUGCACAACAAGCUUUCCCUUGGAAAGUUGAUGUCCGAAAUCCA